CUGGAUCACAAACACAAGCAAAGGCAAGUCAAAUUGUCACCUGAGAAAACACAGGAACAUAUGCAGACACAGUCUCACCGAUCACCGACCUAGAAAGGAUUUGCUGAAAGCAAGCUGAUAUAAUUAUAAAGGUCCUUAUCUCGCGUACACGUUUUCUGCGCUUGGCUGGAUAAUCGACCUUGACUGGGAUAUCAUACGGAGUGAGGAGAUAUGACAUGCAGUGGAGGUGAUAACUAGAACUGCGCCAGUACGAACAUGCAAAACAAACUGACAGUUCCCUAGGUGAACAUUUCCAGGAACAUGGAGGACGUAGACAUAGAAUAUCCGGCGGUUGCUGUCGUCCACAGUACACGCAGAAGCAAGUACGCCUGGGUGGUCUUGUUAGCUUCCUUCCUUACCCAGUUUCUCAACCCCGCUAUGAACUACGCUGUCGGGGUGUUCCACGUGGCCCUGUUGGACAGGUUCCAUGGCGACGUGACGCUGACGGCCUGGGUGGGCUCUGUUAACAGCUGCAUGUUUUCAUUAGCAGGUCCUGUCGCCGCUCUGGUGGCCAACAUGCUCGACUGCAGAACUUGUGUCUUCCUGUCCGGGAUACUCGGGCUUGUGGGCUUUGGUGUCAGUGCUUUCGUCACGGACAUAAAAGUAUUAUUUGUCACGUACGCCUUCAUUGCAGGUCUCGGGCAAGCCCUAGCGCAAGUUGGCUCCAUGGUUGUGAUAGGAUACUACUUCCCUCGAGACACGGCUCUGGCUUCAGGAAUAGCAGUCUGUGGAACAGCGCUAGGAAUAUUCAUUCACCCGCCGCUUGUCCAAAAGUUUAUCGAGUGGUAUGCACUUCCGGGUGCGUUCCUGCUUGUUGGAGCGUUGGUGUCACACUGCUGUAUAUUCGGACUCAUCAUGCGACCAUCGUCUUAUGAAGUGAGUCGCAAGGCCCAAAUGCGAAGCGGUCGUACUACCAAACAGACCAUUCUCUUCGCGGCUUUCGGCGACAUCCCGACGUACAAGACCAUCAUCUCCGAUCUCUCAUUUAUUGCGUUCAUGCUCAGCACGCUUCUUCUUGCAAUGGGGUACUCCGUGCACAUACUCUUCCUUCCAGACUACAUGAACUUCCACGGAGCGACAUUACAAGAAGCGUCAUUGAGUAUAUCCACUUUAGGCAUAGGCAGCUUCAUAUCAAGGCUUUUAUUGGGCGUUUUAUCCAACGACAAGAGCGUAGGUCCAGAGUUAAUAUAUUCUGGCAUUGUUGGAAUAACUGCCGUCACCUCUGUGCUCUUGCCACUCUUAGUAAAAACCGUUGCUGGGCGACUGACCUAUGGGGCACUUCUUGGAAUUUAUACCGGAGGUGUGUUUGCCCUCCAAAGCACAAUAUCGUUAGAUAUCGCUGGAGUAGAGCAUUUUGCCAUAGCUUACGGAGCUGUCAUGUUCUUCCUGGGUAUUGGAUAUCUCAUCGGACCACCUAUCGCUGGAAGUAUAUUCGAAAUGACCAACAAUUACAGCUAUGUGUUCGUAUGCUCAUCUGUGAUGUUCUUUGCCUCAGUGACAUUUGGGUUCCUGUCCAUGUUGGGAAGAAAGACCACUACCAGACAGAAUGGGAACGCGCUUGACCAGUACGAUUUGGCCUCCACAGAGGAUAACUCGUUGGUCUUGAAACACAAAAAGUGUGAAAAUUAACAGUGACAGCUAGAAAAGAGAAACAUGAUUUAGAACAUACAAACAAUACACCCCUGUCAUGUGGAUUGCCGACUGACGUAUCUGGAUACAGAAAGAAAGUUUGGUUUAACGCCAAUAUGAACAGUAUUUCAGUUGUAUCAUGUCGUGUACGCCUGAUUUGGAGGAACACCUGAAGUGAUGCAGGUCUAAUGAUUAUCACUUUCCUAAAACCAACAAGGGCGGUGUCUUAAAUAAUGGUAUGGUGCUGACAGACCAAGGAUCAUAAUGAGGAUUAAUCUGGGAUUCGAACUUCGAUUCUAUGACUGAAGGAUUGAACUCUUUACAGCGAAUUACAAUAUCAGAGAAGCCGUGUAAAGAUAUGAGAUAUAUGGAAAGGAUUAGUAGCUUCCACUUCCAAGACGUUGACGCCAACAAGCUGCCUUGAAAGACAAGCAGGUGCCCCUUGUUAGCAAGUCAGGAAGUGUGCUUAGUGUGAACGGACCAAAACAGUAGUUAGAAUGCCAUCGUGGCUCAAGAACCUGCUAAAUGAGCACGGUAUGUAACCAUGAGAUGGUAUUAUUAAAACAUCACCAAAUGACA